AGCGGCGGUAGUGAGAGCUUUGUGGACGCGACCAAAGAAACUCACCGGCAUGGACGCAAGCGGCCGGAUUGUGAGGCACUGAAUGAGCUCACCUCACCUUGGAACAUUGCUUUGUCUACCUACCAAAACGCAGAAACGAGUCCUUUUUACCAUUUUUUUUUUAUUUUAACAGCUUAAUUUUAAAGCACUGACCACGCAGCGUGUCCGAGUUGGAGCACCUAUUCCCCGGCGGGAGCGCACGCCGAGCAGUCCCUGGAUCCCGGAGGGAUUUUUACCACAAAAACUCACUUCCGCAUUCUUUAAAAAAAAAAAAAAAAAAAAAAAGCAUCUUAGUGGAAAGAAAGAGAUGAUUUGGACAUUUUGGAGCCUCACUUGGACUUGAUGGAUGAAUGUGGAUGCAGCGACAGGUACCAGCAGAAACACCUGGUUGUGUGCCUCGCCAUCCCGUAAACGUUCCAAAUCAUUAUAGUUAGAUUUUCUUCAUUGUGCGCCAGCCACAGGUCAUCCAAGGCACUUGUCAGCCUCACCCCAUCAAACACCGAGGGUUCAGUCAAGGACAUACCGGGCCUGGACUCGAGCUGAAGUUGUCCACAAGGACAUGUACGCGGUACCGAGCUCACAUGCUCCCGACUGACCGACGCUCAAUUGUCUCACCGGCCGAAGCGCACGUAAAAGUCUGCCCCUAACCUCCUCGGUUCCCACUUGUGUGUGCACAUUCAGCAGCAUGGCGGGACUCGCUUGUUGGAAGUAUUACCUCUGGAUCUUUAUCUUCACGUGUAGAACGGUGCUACUUUCGGCCAAAUCCCUGGAGACCAUCAUUUGGGGCUCGCAAAAUCCCAAGUUUCUGGCUGGCAAAGGCCUGAUUAUCUACCCAGACAUUGGGGACAAGCUGGAUAUCAUCUGUCCCAGAGCAGAUCAAGGCCAAGAGUACGAGUACUACAAACUAUACUUGGUCAAGAGGGAGCAGGCGGAGACUUGCAGCACGGUCCUUGAUCCAAAUGUCCUGGUCAAUUGCAACAAACCGGAGAAAGACAUCAAAUUUACCAUCAAAUUCCAGGAAUUCAGCCCCAACUAUAUGGGCCUUGAAUUCAAGAGGAAUGUCAACUACUACAUCACCUCAACCUCCAAUGGCACAGUGGAGGGCCUGGAGAACCGCGAGGGAGGCGUGUGCAAGAGCCGAGCCAUGAAAGUCAUCAUGAAAGUCGGGCAAGACCCAAAUGCGGCAGUGCCAGACGAUCCAGAAGAUAACGCCAUACCUGAGUCCAGUGCUAAGCCGCCAGACCAGGAUCGAGUGGGACCUGAGAUGCCUGGAAACCCUGACACCAUGAACCAGGACCAGUCCGGUUCUUCCCCUAACUCGGACGGCAUCCUGGGCUCCAAGGUGGCCGUGUUCUCCGCCAUCGGCGCGGGUUGCAUCAUCUUCCUGGUGCUCAUCCUCCUCCUGGUCAUCUUGCUCAUCAAGAUGCGUAAGCGGGCCAGGAAAAACAGCCACUCGCAGCCCCGCCCCUCCGCGCUGUCACUCAGCACGUUGUCCAACCCCAAGCUGCCCGGGGGCACUGCUGGCACGGAGCCCAGUGACAUCAUCAUUCCGCUGCGGACAGAGAACAACUACUGCCCUCACUAUGAGAAGGUGAGCGGCGACUAUGGCCACCCGGUCUACAUCGUCCAGGAGAUGCCGCCGCAGAGCCCCGCCAACAUCUACUACAAAGUCUGAGCCUGGUUUAUGUUCCUGGAAAGAACUCUUUGCUUUGCUUUCGGGGACUUGAUUCUUCCUUCAAGCCCGUUUUUUUUUCUUUUUUUUUUUUCUUCUUUUCUACCACCUGCCGCACAAAUCUGGAGAGACGCACCAGAAAGCAGAGACCAGACUGGCGAGAGAAGUUUAUUAUGUGCGUUCGGGUUGCUCGGAAAUCCCCGCCCUUUCUUCCUCCUUUCAGCACCGUCUCCCUGCUGUGGGGUCAAAGGUCAGGCUGGCUGGCACAAACCAAAAAGACGGGACUUCCUGGUUUGUGUGUCCACUUUAAUGGAGCGGAUAUAACCCUAACCGGCUCCCCUGACGCGACAACACUCAAACCAUGCACACUAGCCAGGAACAAGGCCGUUUGUGCUGCACGUGUGUGUGUGUGUGUGUGUGUGUGCGUGUGUGUGCACCUGUGUGUCAGCAGGGUGUCAGCUCCACUCUCCAGAUAGCUCAGGUAUCAGACACGGUGUGGGACCUGUUGUGUUCCUCUCCCUUUGCCUUACUUUUUGAUGGAGGACUUCUUCCUCAGCCCUGAUUCAGUUCACAAAGCAGUCGUAUUUUGUUAGACUUUUCCUACAAGUGCACAAUGUAUAGUUCUAUAGAUAAUCAUUAUUAUUAUUAUUAUUAUUAUUGGUAUUAUUACUACUCAUCCCACCCGCUCAUCUCAUCCAUUACAGUAGAAACCUGGAUUGUUGAUCUCAAGGUCUCUCCAUAACUGUGUUGUUUAUGACCUACUUGUGUGUAUUUUAGGGUUUGUCAUGUGUGUGUGUGAAUGUGUGUGCGCCUGGGCGUGUCUAGACCUCGUACCUAGGAGGACUUACUUGCCAGAACAGUUGAGUUACUGUAUUGGAAGCAAAAAACAAGACAAACCGACAAGACAAAAUCCCUCCGGCGUCGUUGGGUUUCUCUUUGAAGACGUCGUCGUUUGUGCGGACACGUUGAAAUGCGUCAGGAGCCGAGUACGAGUAUGAGGACCGCAUAGUUGUCCUAUAUUGCAUGGCGAGCCGCAGAUGGGCUACAGUAUUGUUUGAUGCCAAUUGGCUGCCAUCUGCGGAUGAGUCAGCGGAGUUCACACUAAUAUGUGCCAUCUUCAUGCCCACAUGCACCAGCCGGGAGAGUAGAGCGUGUUCCUGCGAGUUGUGAGGAAGAUGGUUGCGCUUUAGGUAGUUUCAUUAAGCGUCGGGGUGUGAAUUGAAGGGAGGAAAAAAAAAAGAAGAUACAAUUCCACAGUCAAGGUGUUGAGGCUGCAGCUCACUUAUCAGCAGCACCGGGAGCUCGAAUGUGUGCACUGCAGAAGGCGUUGGGGCCGGGGACUAAUUGCUUGUAUUUCUGUGUGUGUGUGCGUGCGUGUGUGUGUGUGUGUGUGUGUGGUCGUGCAGACCUGUUUUGGGACAGGAAAUUGGUGCUGCCAAAGUAAGGCGCAGUCUCACCUAAUGAUGUGUGAGAGAAGAGGACCGCCAUUCCCCAACAUGCACGCUGACGUGCACACACACACACACACACACGCACACAAACAGACGCGCACACGCUCGGACACAUGACGACUGACAGGCUUAGGUUGACGUGCGGGUCAGACCGCCGCUCGGGGUUCGGAAGGCGGCCAUCAUCCAGCGUGGAUGUUAGCCGCCGAGACGCUGGAGUGUGGCUAACAACCUAAACAGCUGCUUUCUGUGCUCCUGUGUUUUAAGUCAGCACGCGUUCCUCCGCCAAACACAUCAAAUAUUUUGCCUGGGGAUCAGCGUGCCCUCGGCGUCAUGCAGCCGAGGGAGUCGUUUACCGCAUUACCACAAAACCAUUUCUCAUUUUUCCGCCAUUCUUCUCACCACUGUCAUGCUAUUCAGAUUUUGGGGGGAGAAAGCAUGGAAGGGAGAUGUAAAUAUUAUGCAUAGAGCCCCGUUUAAGAUGUAAUUUCACCCCAGACACUGCUUAUAAGUACACAAAUACAAUUAGAAUUUUGUAAUGGAGGAUAUUUGUAAAUAGCAGUCUUUUUAAAGUGUGUUUUGUAUGAAUCCCUUCUCGUCUCGGUUUGCAAUACCUUUCUAUUUCCGUUUCUUUUCGAGGCAAACACAGCUGUCCAGUAUUGUCUUUCCUACCACAAGUGUUGCAGUUUGGACGCGCUUGUAGUGGUCUUUGAGAAGGAGACUCCAUCCUCCGGUGUUGGGAACACAACUUAAUGAAGACUGUUUGAACACAACACUACUAUGAGCUACCUACACGUGCACCUCCACUAGCAAUCGUAACACACAAGUCCCUGAUCCAUGAGUUUCUUGUCGGUUUUAACAAGCGCGCGCACACACACACACACACACGUACACACACGCAGGCGCAAAGAAACGGCAACAAGAAAAGGAGCCAUGUAUGACCCAAUAAAUCAUCCACUUAAGUCUCCGUGGUCAGAGGUCGACAACCUUUACUGUUUUAUUUUUGGGGAUGUACUCAUGGUUAGCUUACUGCAGAUGUCUCAGUUACUACACACACACACACACACACACACACACACACACACACACACACACACACACACACACACACACACACACACACACGCA